CGAAGGGGGGCGUGGAGAUGGCGGGGUAGGGAAACACACACACGGGCGGGGCGGGGGGGGGGAGGCUGCUGCCUGGCCUCCCUCUCUCCCUCUCUCUCUUUCCUCCUUCCCCUCCCUCCUUCCUUCUCUCGCUUUCUCUAUCUCCCUCGCUUUCUCUAGCCCGGCUGCCGAACGUGAAUCCGAACGUUUUGGUGGGAGAAAGCGUUGAAGACGCCCUCUAGUCUCUCCCGCCGGACCUCCCAAGCUUUCUCGAUGUUGCCGGCUAAUUGGGAGCCACUCCGGAGCCCGGUGUGAACGCCACGCAAGGAGGGAGGGAAAGAGGAAGAUGCCGGAGACCGGACCCGACGCCCCCAGCCCGCCGGCUUCGCAGCCCCAGCAGCAGCCUCCUCCUCCGCCUCCUCCGCCUCCGCCGCCGCCUAAAGAGUCUCCCUUCUCCAUCAAGAACUUGCUCAAUGGGGACCCGCACCCCAAGGCGGCGCCCAAGCAGCCCCGGGCGCUCUUCCCGCCGGUGGCCAAAGGCGCGCUGGAAGGGGCCGGCUUCGCGCUCUCCCCCGUCGCCGACCUCGCCUUCCCCCGCUUCGAGAUCCCGGCGCAGAGGUUCGCCUUGCCCGCCCACUACCUGGAGAGGAGCCCGGCCUGGUGGUAUCCCUACAGCCUGAGCCCCGCCGGAGGACACCUGCCCAGGACGGAAGUGUCGCUGGAGAAAUCCCUGCGGAGAGACUCUUCCCCGGCUUCGGGAGGCACUGACAGGGACUCUCCGGACGAGGCCUUGGCGAAGGCGGAGCGGGAGGCGAAGGACUUGCUGGACUCCAAGAGCCCCGAGGAGAUCAUCCUGGAGGAGAGCGACUCGGAGGAGGGCAAGAAGGAGGACGAGAGCGGCGCCGAGGACUGGUCCAAGCGGGAGCCCGACGGAGGAGGCGGAGGAGGAGGAGGCGGCGGCGAAGAGAAGAAGCCCUGCCGCAAGAAGAAGACCCGCACCGUCUUCUCCCGCAGCCAGGUCUUCCAGCUGGAGUCCACCUUCGACCUGAAGCGCUACCUGAGCAGCUCGGAGCGGGCCGGCUUGGCAGCCUCGCUCCACCUGACCGAGACUCAGGUCAAGAUCUGGUUCCAGAACCGGCGCAACAAGUGGAAGCGGCAGCUGGCGGCGGAGCUGGAGGCGGCCAACCUGAGCCACGCCGCCGCCCAGCGCAUCGUGCGUGUGCCUAUUCUCUACCACGAGGGAGAGGGCGGCGGGGGCGGCGGGGCCAACGGGGGGCCGGCUGGGGCGGGGGCAGGAGCGGGACCCGCGGGGGGCGCCCCAGUCAGCCAGCCCUUGCUCACCUUCCCGCACCCGGUUUACUACUCGCACCCUGUGGUCACUUCUGUCCCGCUCCUGCGGCCUGUCUGAGCCCAGAAAGAGAGAGAGAAGGGAGAGAGGGAGGCGAGGAAGGAAGGAAGGAAGGAAGAGACGGGCUUGGAAGAGAGAGUAUUGGGAAGGAAAGAGACAGAGCGAGCGCGCCCCUGACCCAAUCCGCUUCUCACCUUUGUUCCCUCUCAAUCCGGAUUGCCACCUCCUCCUCCAAAGCAAGGAAAGACCUUCUCCUUGGCAUUAGGACCUUCUCCUAAUCCCCCCUUUUGUCCGUGCCAUCCCAGUCUAGAGAGAUGUGUUGUCGAAGGCUUUCGCAGCCGGAAUCACUGGGUCGCUGUGAGUUUUCCGGGCUGUAUGGCCAUGUUCCAGAAGCAUUGUUUCGCCCACAUCUAUAGCAGGCAUCCUCAGAGGUUGCCUUUAUCUGCUCACCCAUAGAAAAUCAUGAUAAUUACAUCUAAGAAACUAGAGCUGAUGCAAUCUGUCCAAAUGCAUUGUCGGAAUCACUGGGUCGCUGUGAGUUUUCCGGGCUGUAUGGCCAUGUUCCAGAAGCAUUGUUUUGCCCAUAUCUAUAGCAGGCAUCCUCAGAGGUUGCCUUCAUCUGCUCACCCAUAGAAAAUCAUGAUAACUACAUCUAAGAAACGAGAGCUGAUGCAAUCGUCCAAAUGCAUUGUCGGAAUCACGGGAUUGCUGUGAGUUUUCCGGGCUGUAUGGCCAUGUUCCAGAAGCAUUGUUUCGCCCACAUCUAUAGCAGGCAUCCUCAGAGGUUGCCUUCAUCUGCUCACCCAUAGAAAAUCAUGAUAACUACAUCUAAGAAACUAGAGCUGAUGCAAUCUGUCCAAAUGCAUUGUCGGAAUCACUGGGUCGCUGUGAGUUUUCCGGGCUGUAUGGCCAUGUUCCAGAAGCAUUGUUUCGCCCACGUCUAUAGCAGGCAUCCUCAGAGGUUGCCUUCAUCUGCUCACCCAUAGAAAAUCAUGAUAACUACAUCUAAGAAACUAGAGCUGAUGCAAUCUGUCCAAAUGCAUUGUCGGAAUCACGGGAUUGCUGUGAGUUUUCCAGGCUGUAUGGCCAUAUUCCAGAAGCAUUGUUUUGCCCACAUCUAUGGCAGGCAUCCUCAGAGGUUGCCUUCAUCUGCUCACUCAUAGAAAACCAUGAUAACAACGACAGUAGAGUCUCACUUAUCCAACAUAAACGGGACCGGCAGAACGUUGGGUAAGCGAAUAUGUUGGAUAAUAAGGAGAGAUUAAGAAAAAGCCUAUUAAACAUCAAAAUAGGUUAUGAUUUUACAAAUUAAGGACCAAAAACAUCAUGUUAUACAACAAAUUUGGCAGAAAAAGUAGUUCAAUAUGCAGUAAUGCUAUGUAAUUACUGUAUUUACGAAUUUAGCACCAAAAUAUCACAAUGUAUUGAAAACAUCGACUACAAAAAUGCGUUGGCUAAUCCAGAACGUUGGAUAAGCGAGUGUUGGAUAAGUGAGACUCUACUGUAAUUACAUCUAAGAAACUAGAGCUGAUGCAAUCUGUCCAAAUGCAUUGUCGGAAUCACGGGAUUGCUGUGAGUUUUCCGGGCUGUAUGGCCAUGUUCCAGAAGCAUUGUUUCGCCCAUAUCUAUGGCAGGCAUCCUCAGAGGCUGCCUUCAUCUGCUCACCCAUAGAAAAUCAUGAUAAUUACAUCUAAGAAACAAGAGCUGAUGCAAUCUGUCCAAAUGCAUUGUCGGAAUCACUGGGUCGCUGUGAGUUUUCCGGGCUGUAUGGCCAUGUUCCAGAAGCAUUGUUUCACUCACGUCUAUGGCAGGCAUCCUCAGAGGUUGGGAGGUCUGUUGGAAACUAGGCAAAUGGGGUUUAUAUAUCUGUGGAAUGUUCAAGGUGGGAGAAAGGUGGCGCAACGGGUUAAACCCUUGUGCUGACCGGAGAGAGCGGGUGAGCUUCCUCUGUCAGCUCCAGCUCCUGAAUCCAAACCCCAGUGCACAGGACCAUAGCCAGAAAAAAAAAUUUUUGGGUAGGGGGGGGAUUAAACUUUUAUUUUGAGCGAAUCUUGAAGAGUAGUUCCAUAACGCAAAAUAAUUUAGAAAUUAGGCAUCAUUGAUAAACUUCAGUGGACACUCAUGGGGAUUUGGUUAACCAGUUAAAAUUCAUGAUUAAACCAUUUAAAAAAUCCCAAAAUUUUCAAGGGGGGUGGUAUCCCUGCCAGUGAAUACCAAGGACUUACUCUAGAUACUUAUUUUAAUUCAAGGAUAGGAGCCCCAAGUCGUGGAAUCUGCAGAGAAGGGUGAGCUCCUAUCUGUCAGUUCUAGCUCCCCAUGCGGGGACAUGAGAGAAGCCUCCCACAGGAUGGUAAAACAUCAAACAUCCCUGCGUACCCCGGUAACGUCCUUGCAGAUGGCCUAUUCUCUCACACCAGGAGCGACUUGCAGUUUCUCAAGUCGCUUGUGACACAAAACGUUGGGAGAAAGAACUCUUGUCUGUUUAGGGCAGGUGUGAAUGUUGCAAUUGGCCACCUUGGUUAGCACCUAUUAGCCUUGCAGCUUCAAAGCCUGGCUGCUUCCUAAUAAAUAAAUCAUACCCCCAAGAGUAAAUGAUAUUGGUAAUAAUAAUAACACAGAAAGGUCUGGAUGUUUACUGCCUGGGGGAAUCCUUUGUUGGGAGGUGAUAUGCUGCCUCUGAUUAUUUAAUGCCUAGAAUUCCUAUAAACCCCACUUGCAUAGUUUUUCAACAGACCUCUCAACCUCUGAGAAUGGCUGCCUGGAGAAAAUGCUUCUGGAACACGGCCAUAAAUCCCGGAAAACUUACAGCAAACCAGGCCUGAGAAACUUCCCUACUUUCCUGGCUGGAUUUGGAUUCUUUUCUGGCGGGGUUUUUCCAUCAUCAUCAUCAUCAUCAUCAUCAUCAUCAUCAACAUCACCUUCUUCUUCUUCUUCUUCUUCUUCUUCUUCUUCUUGUUAUUAUUAUUAUUAUUAUUAUUAUUAUUAUUAUUAUUAUUAUUAUUAUUAUCAUCAUGCUCUUUUCCCCAAAAGAACUGUCAGUCCUGAAUAGCGUGUAACCUUUGAUUAUUCUUUUAAAAAAAAUAUAAUAUUCUAUUUUAAAAUGGAGCAAAAGAGGGAGGGAAAUCUCCUUGUUGUUGUUGUCCCGACGGUGCCAAAACAAUGCUCCCCAAAACGAAAGCAGUGGCUAGAAAGCCUAAACUGAUCUGGUGCCGUUUCAAACAGACUCUGUUGAAUGUGUUGUCGAAGGCUUUCCUGGACGGAAUCACUGGGUUGCUGUGAUUUUUCUGGGCUGUGUGGCCAUGUUCCAGAAGUAUUCUCUCCUGACUUUUCGUCCACAUCUAUGGCAGGCAUCCUCAGAGGUUGUGAGGUCUGUUAGAAACUAGGCAAGUGGGGUUUAUAUAUCUGUGGAAAAUCCAGGGUGGGAGAAAGAACUCUUGUCUGUUAGACAAUUCAAGAACUCUUACCUCUGCAGGAAUCUAGGGUUGGAAGAAAUGAAGGGAAACUACCAUUUCUAGAUGUCCUGGUCAUCUGUAAACCAAAUCAACAACUGGGUUUAUAUAAAACCUACACACAGGGAUAGAUACCUACAUAAAAACUCUAACCAUCAUCCAAGUCAAAAAAGACGCACAAUUAAAGCCCUGGCAGACCUCUACGAAGCCCAGCUCCUCCAAGGUGAACUGAACCAUCUAAACUGGGUUCUUCAGGCCAAUGGAGACUCCACCAUAGACAUUAGAAGACCUUCAAGGCCAAGAACAAGCCAGACAAAGAUCCACCCAGAGGAAAAGUGUUCUUACCAUACAUCAAGGGAGCCACUGACGGCAUAGGGAUGCUGACGAAGAAACACAACCUACAAACUAUCUACAGACCCACUAAGAAAAUCCAACAAAUGCUAUCUUCAGCAAAGGACAAGACUUCUUCAGGAGUCUACCAUAUACCAUGCAGUUAUGGACAAGUCUAUAUUGGGACCACCAGACAUAGCGACAAAACAUGAGCCAAGGAACAUGAAAGGCAUUGAAGACUAACUCAACCAGAGAAGUCAGCCAUAGCAGAACAUUUGAUGAACCAACCUGGAUUCAGCAUAUUAUUUGAGAACACAGAAAUGCUGUGUCCCCAUUAGCUCCCUUCAAGAGGUACUUAAUGAUUUCAACAAAAUGUCAGACUACACAGAGAAGCCACUGAAAUCCACAAGCAAUUGCAGCCCAAAAGAUCAGAGCUAAAGUAGCAAAAUCCAUACUUGAGGUCAGAAAUGGAAAUGGUGAUGGUUUGGGAUGAUACAAAUCAGACACUGUCAUUGUUAUGUUGCUGCUAUCAUAAUCUUAAAGAGCUAGUUUUAAUUUUUGAAAACGUUUUAAUGUUUAUAUUGAAAAGUGUUUAUAAAGGUUGUAUAUUACUGAUGUCAUGGCCUAUGGCUAGUACAAUAAACACUUCAAUUCGCAAGCAUGUGGACAAUUUCAACAGAAAGGAGGAAACCAUGAAAAUGAACAAAAUCUAGCUACCAGUAUUUUAAAAAAUCUAAAAUCAGGACUGUAUAUGAAGAACAACACUCUGAAAACUGAGGAAUUCCAGACAUGAAUCAAUCAGGGGCAGCUAACACUUUCGAACAAAGGAUUCCCCCAGGCAGAAAUGAAGCUGGCAAGGCCAUUAAUGCUACUCAAGGUGAUUAAUUACAACAUUCACACUGGCCUCCAACAGAAAAGAGUUCUUUCUCCCACCCUAGACCCUCCACAGAUCUAUAAACCUCACUUGUCUAGUUUCCAGUAGUCCUCACAACCUCUGAGGAUGCCUGCCAUAGAUGUGGGUGAAACGUCAGGAGAGAAUGCUUCCUGAACUUGGCCCGGAAAAUUCUCAGCAAUCUGUUAAUUUUUUUCCCAGGGCAUUCUUCUCCACUGAAAGGCGAGAAAGAACCCGGUUCGGUUUUUGAAAGGAACCCUUUUUGAAAACACCUUUCUUAUUUAUUGCAGGUUGUUUAUGUUGUGAUUUCAGGGGCGCGUUCUCCUUCCUUCCUACCUCCUUACCUUCUCUGGCUUGGCUGUGUGUGCAAUAGGGAGCAAUCUUGAAAGCGAGGGGAAUUUUGGGGGAUAAUCUCUUAUUUUGAGGGGAAACGAGGUGCACAGUGUGUGUGUAUGAGAGAGAGAAACAAACCCGGGGCGACUCCACUCCACUCCGGGGCUGCUGAACUCUCCGCCAGUGUUUGGGGCGCUUUAAGUGAUGGACAAUCAGACUCUUCAGAGGAAUUGUUAACUUUGCUAUAUUCUGUACAGUUUUCUUGUCUGUUUGGGGUGGGGGGGGGUGAGGGUUGGGGGCCUUGGGAGGUCAUCUCCUUAUUAUUUUCCUCUCUGUAUAUUCCCCAAUCCUUUUGUUUGUUUUAUUCUUCUUCCCCUCCCUCUAUUUUUAAAAUUAUUAUUAUUGCAAAUGGUUCGAAUACAUCCGUGUCUUGUGGUUGAAGGGAGGGGGAAGAAAGCCAAUAAAGGAAACUUGUUCAUUCAU